GUGUCCAGAUAUGUCGGCCUUGCCUUGGCCAUGCUCUCGGCGCUCGCUAUAGGAACCAGUUUUGUCAUAACCAAAAAGGGCCUGAUACAAGCCGAAGAGCGACACGGCUUCGAAGGUGAAGGGUUCGUCUACCUCAAGAACCCCCUGUGGUGGGCUGGAAUCGCUACCCUCGGGAUCGGAGAGGUCUGCAACUUUGCCGCCUACGCGUUUGCCCCUGCCAUCCUCGUCACGCCCCUCGGAGCCCUCAGCGUCCUCAUCGGCGCCGUACUCGGCUCUUACUUCCUCAAGGAGGAGCUGGGCACCCUCGGCAAGCUGGGCAGCGCCAUCUGCCUCAUCGGCGCCGUCGUCAUCGUCCUCCACGCCCCCGCCGACGAGGAAAUCGAGACGAUUGACCAGAUCCUCCACUACGCUAUCCAGCCCGGCUUCCUCCUCUACGCCGUCGCCGUCGUCAUCUUCGCCACCGUCAUGAUCUACAAGGUUGCCCCCAUCCACGGAAAGGAGAACGCCCUCGUCUACCUCUCCAUCUGCUCCACCGUCGGCUCCAUCUCCGUCAUGUCCGUCAAGGCCUUUGGCAUCGCCCUCAAGCUCACAUUUGCCGGCAACAACCAGUUUUCACACCCUUCGACCUAUGUCUUCGUGAUCCUCACCACCGUCUGCAUCCUCACCCAGAUGAAUUACUUCAACAAGGCCCUUGCCUCGUUUCCCACAAACAUUGUCAACCCUCUCUACUACGUCACAUUCACCACCGCCACCCUCUGCGCCUCCUUCAUCCUCUUCAAGGGCUUCAACACCACCGACGUUACCAACACGAUAUCCCUCCUCUGCGGAUUCCUCAUCACCUUUACCGGCGUCUACCUGCUCAACCUCUCGCGCGGAGACCCCAACGGCCACAAGCUCAUCUCCGGCCACGAAGACGUCACCGGCACCGAUAUGAUCUCGAGCUUCCAGACGAGGCUGAGCAUGCAGGCCAGGAGGAGCGGUGAUGUCGGACGUCACAGCAUGACCAGCCUCGACGGAGUUCGCCGUGGUGACAGGGAAGGCCUCAUCCGCGCCUACGACGAGGAGGAAGCCGCCGGCUUCGGCCUCACCGACCUGGCCGAGGAGAGUGGCAGCGAAGAGGAUACCCGUAGCGCCAAUGGCAAGGCAAACGGAAAGACAAACGGCAGUGCCCAUUAUGAUGACUUGGAAGCUGGCCACAAGUCGGCUGACAGGUGA